UCUUAUCACAAUCACAACGUUUUACAAUUUCUUUAGAAACAUCGUUCAAUAUGUUUCAAUAAUUUUUUAUUCAUACUAUAAUCAUUUAUUUUAACUUGAUAAAUUGCGCUGCCGUAAUAAUAGUAGUGGAAUGCGCGUAGCAAAAUGUCUGAGGACGACAGCAUUAAUAUUAGGCAAGAAUUGGAUAAUCUUCUGACGAGAGUUCAGCCUAAUCUCCAAGAUGUUAUAAAAAGGAGUUUCACUAAUGUUUUACUCCAGCAAACUAAAAAUGGUGAACAGAAUAAACAUGACACCCUGGAAGACACAUCCUACUUUGCCAAAAACACCCAAGUAAAUCUAACAAGACUGGAGCUAGUGAAGCCACCAACAUUCCAUGUUCAGAGCCUCUCCCUUGAUCUAAAGUCGAUGGGGCUCAAACUGACAUGUUCCCUUGGGGAAGUCAGUGUGAGAGGGCUCUACAGUGCGUUCAAUGAAAACUUAUAUAACCUCAUUCCGGUCAUGUCAGAGGGCCAUGUUCUAAUAUCGUUGUCAAACAUGACUGCAGAUGUGGAAGUGGGGCUGGUACUACAAGACGAUGCGUACUCCUUCAUCAACCCCGGGAUACAGUUUGUGCACGAUGAAGUUAUUGUAAAGUUGUCAUGGCCUUCCCCACAGAAAGGUGGCGGAUAUGAAUUUGCUACCACUGAACAAUUAGCUAAACAUAUAGAUGACCUCCCGCUCACAGCCGCCAUAUCAUUACCACUGUACGCAUUGCUUAGGGAGAAAUUAGAGAAACAUCUGAAAAUAGUUCUUAUGCAAGCUACCAGCGUUUCUGAACUCAUGUGUUCCAACCCCAGCCUAUUAGAGGCUUAUAAUACAAUGGCGGAGAGUCUGGCGCAAAAUGGAAAUAAAAUAAUCGAUAUGGUGUUGAUCAACAUGAGACGGACUCUCCUGCAGAACUGUCGCGAAGUGUUGGAGCUGCCCCCGCUACAUGCCACCUUUAUGCAUAAGAUAGGAUCAAUAUCAUACGUAGGCAAGUUCGAGACGGACACGGGCUGGGUGAAGAACCUGGCGACCGUGAACCGGAUCAGUGACGUCAGCGCCUCCUCCCCCGACCCCCUCAAGACCAGCUUCCGUGCCACCCUCAGGAUAAAGGACUUGCAGGUUGGUUACGACGAAUACCGCAUCAAGGCGAUGGGCGUGAGUUGCUCCGGGCGGCUGGCGGCGGCGCUGCUGGACUGCUCCGUGCACCUGGCGCUGAGCGUGGGGCUCGCGCGCUGGGAGCCCUACGCGCAGCUCUCAGAUCUACGGGUAGAUAGCAUGGGGUCGGUGGACUUGCACGUGACGGGUCUGGGCCCGCUGUCGGGGCUGAGCGCGCUGGUGCGAGCGUGGACACGCGGCGCGGCGCACGCGCACGCCGCGCCCGCGCUCGCGGCUCAGCUCCAGCACGAGCUGCACGUCGCGCUGCAGGAACUGCCGCUCUGGGACAUCAUGAACGCUAAACACUGAUACAUAGACAAUUUACAAGCUUUUAUUUUUAAAUCCAGAAUGUAUAUUCGGGUGGAAUCUUUUAAAUCAAUUUUAAAGCAGGAAUCUUCAAAGUUUGGAUGGCCUGAUGGUACACCUAGGAACGGUUCCUAAUACCAUUCUUCUUUUUUGCGCGACGGCUUCCCUGUUUCUUUCUGCUUCUUUUCUUCACUCUCCGACAAUUUUAGAUGUUAGCUAAUCUCAGAAACGUUUCGUGCCCUUUUUCGGUGGCCCACAUUAAAUUUUCCCGAGAGCAGGAGUCAGGGCACGGGGGGAGACGGGGGAACACCUAUGUUCCAUUACUUGAGAAUAUCAUUUGCGAUCACUUAAGAACUUUUACUGCACGACGCGAAAAGUUUCAUGAAAAUCUGAAAUCAAGAAAAACAAGAACUUUUUGUAAUUGCCACUAUUUAAUUCAUUGAUUAUCCAUAGAAUAUAUAUCUAUAUCUAUCCAUAGAAAUGAAUCAGUUCACAAAUAGAAUAAUAAUAAAUGCAUUAGAAAUACACGAGAAGAAACACGUCAUUUGAAAUACAUUUUGUCACUCAACGUGUACUCGGUUUUAUAACGCCCAAUAUGCCGCUUUGUAUAAGAUAGGCCGGGAAAUUAUCAGAAAGAUUUUGUUCACCGCUCUGUCAAAGGAAAAAUUGCCCUUUUUAUAAAUCUUCAUACUUAAUUACAACCCGAACACUGCCAAACGCUAGUGACGUGUCGCGCGUUUUCGUUGGCACUAUCUAUUACCUAUUUCUCUUUCUACACUCGAACUUCUCGCUCUAUCUAAUCAAUCAAUCAAUCUUUUUCCUGCCUAUGUCUGUUCGGAGCAUAAUAGGUAUACGUAUUAUUAGUAUCGAUAUUUUUGAACUGAUAUUUAUAAAUACUAUAUCUCAAAAACACUAAAGGUUUGUUAUGUUUAGAUAUACAUAUACAUUUUUAUACUUCAUAGGGUGCGAUUAAAUAAGCUACCGCAAACUUAUAGACAAAAUUUUGUAAAUUAUGACUAAAAAUCACGUGCCUAAGUAGACUGUUGUUGAUAUAUUUUUUAUAUAUUUUGACUUUGUACUUUUUAUUUUCUUUUUAUAAGUAUAUUAUUUUUGUUGUGUGUUAGUUUAGUUUUAGUUGUCUUUUGUGAAAAUAAAUAUUGAUUUUUAUAUUCUAUUUAAUUGGUUUUUAAUCGUAUUUACUUCAAAAUAGGUUCACGUUGUAUAAGUUUAUCGAUUAAAUCGAUAACUUUGAUUAUUACAACAUUCUAGAUAUCUCUCAAAGUAAAUAUGUAAUAAACAAAGCAAUAUCUUCGGAGGUAAUGCGUUUGUUAUGUAUUUAUAUUUACUUUAUUACAUUUUGUAUUUUAAUUCUAAAUAAAAAUAGCAUUAUUUUAAGGACAAAAAUUGUUUAGCCAAUAGGUGUUCAUGUUGCAAGCAACAUUAUGUUUAUCAAAUCUUUUUAUACAGAGUAUUUCUUCCGAUUGCAUCAUUUAUAUAUAUAUACAUGCUAAGCACAAAUACCAAUUACCCAGGAUGAAUCUUUAUGCCAUCACAAUAAGGGCGAAUCUGCAAUUAACAUGAAAAGUACUCAUUAUUGCAUAUUCGUCGCGGCAUAGAGAUUCCGAAUAGGGUAACUGUACAUAUUUUUUCUUUUCAGUCAAGAUACCAACACUAAUGUACAUCAAUCAACAACAUUUUUCCUUCAAAACCUAAUUGUCUGAGUUUAAGAAGAAAAAUAUAUUUUUAACUUAAAUUUUUUUUAACUUAUUUUUGACAUUUCCCGCAGUUGAUUUUUGGGUAUAUUUGUUACCAUAGCAUCUAAUCGAAACCUUUAUAGAUAUAAAGGUACCCGUGACCCGUUAUCUGACCAUUUAUUGUGAAGUAGCGCCUAUUCUCAAUCAAAUGUAGACUUUACCUACUUCAAUUAAAUUUUGACGAUAAUAGCACAGCCGACCAACGUAUUUACUUGGUUCCUACCCUUCUAAAUCUAUGGUUCCUACAGUCGCAGGGGGGCCGAGGGGACCGGAGAGGGUGGACGGAAUACUUCCAACUCUCCAUAUGGCACGUUGGGAGCUAUAAUCAAAUCAAGGGCUAUAUUUUUUUGGAAAAUAAAAUUAAUUAAUACAGAUACAUUAUCUUAUUUUGUGACAACCCUGACUGCAUUGACAACGCUAGCAGUUUCGCCAUUAACAAGGCCGCCGAUCAAGUGUGGGAAAGUCAAAUCUCGAGUCACGUUGUUUAGACCGUAAAUGUGUUCAGAGAUUUUAGUUUGUAGGUAAGGUAGCUUCGAAACUUGUUUGAAACAUUUUUUAUUUAGUAUAAAAUUUAAUUGAUUCUUUGGUUAGUAUGAUUUUGUGUUUAAUGUGAAGUGAAUACGAGUUUUAGUAUUAGCUAGCUUGACUUGGGAGGUCGCAGGAGGUAUAAUUUUCGAGAAAACUGACAUGAAAGGCUGGUGCAGACCCAACGCGUAUGCAACACGUUUUCUUAGGAAUGCGGCGAGUGGUUAUUGUUAUGGCUGGCUUCAUCGCAUACGCGUGUACGUAUACGUACAAUCCUUACCCAAACGUGCUGAAUACGGAUUCAGUAUGCUACCAAAAAGGUUUACAACCUUGUUUCAAUUAUAUUAUAAAUAUAAAUAUUAUAGGAUUUAUGCAAAAUAAAUGACUUAUGAUCAUUAUUCAAUGUGCCUUAUAAUUUAUGCACAAAUUUUAAAAUUGACACAAAUAAUUUUAAAAUUAUGACUACAUACUAUAACAUGAAGCAAUAUUUUUUACCUUUGGAUGAAUUUCACGACUGUCUGAACGCGGCGUGUAGAGUUUCAUUUGUGUCGCAAUACUGUUUUUAAUAAAGAUUUUUUUAAAAUUUAACAUUUAUAAAAUUAACAUUGUACCUACCAGUACUUUACUUAUUUACAAAAUAGGAUAAUUAAAAUGAUUACUGUGUAUGGUACAAUUUAAUAAACACUAAUGACAGCCCACGGCGGCGUUCAAAACGCUCGUGAAAUUCACCCCUUUGGAGAUAUUUACAUUGGUUGUGAAUCCUAUCUUUUUGAGACUGUUGUAUUUUAAAACUACUUAUAAUAUAUUUAUUAAAUUGCUGAA